AUGUUGGAUAUUGAGAUCAAGCGGUGGGCGGCGGGCAAGGAGGGCAAUCUGCGCGCACUGCUCUCCACACUGCAGUUUGUGCUAUGGCCAGAGUGCAAGUGGGAGCCUGUGGCGCUCACAGACAUUAUCAGGCAUGGCAGUAACGGGUGCAAGUGGGAGCCUGUGGCGCUCACAGACAUUAUCAGGGGACGGCUUGACGUGUGUGUGGGGGGGAGAGGAGUUGACUGGCAUGUGCCAUGGGGUAUGGCAAUGCUGGUUGAGGCAUGGCAGCAAGGGGUGCGUGCAAGUGGGAGCCUGUGGCGCUCACAGUCAUUUUCAGGUAGACGCCUUGGAAUGAGUGGUGUGCCAUGUGGUGCGGUGGUGUGCCAUGGGGUGCGGUGGUGUGCCAUGGGGUGUGGUGGUGUGCCAUGGGGUGUGGUGGUGUGCCAUGGGGUGCGGUGGUGUGCCAUGGGGUGCGGUGGUGUGCCAUGGGGUGCACGUUGGGGUUGGUGCUGGUGGUGUUGCUCUGCUGGUUAUGCCUGCCUGCUGCACCCCCCCUCGCCCUCACCCCCCCCCCCCCCCCCCGCCCUCACACCCCCCCCUCCUCACCCUCCCACCCUCACUCCCCCCUGCAGUGCAACAGCAGUGGUUAAGGUGCAUAGCAAGGCACCGCUGUGUGUGCAUCACAUAUGCCCACCUACCCGCCCUCCCUCCCUUCCUUUUCCCCCUGUAGUGCGGCAGCAGUCGACUCAAAAGUCACCUCUUUAUUGCAAGGCAGCGCUGUGCCUGCUUCCUGUAUGCCCACCUGCCCUCUCGCCUGCCCCCGUGUACCCAGGCCCUCUCUCCCGCCCUCCCUCUCUCCCUCCCUUCCUUCCCCCCUGCAGUGCGGCAGCGGUGAAGAAAUCGUACCGCAAGGCAGUGCUUGCGGCAGCAGUGAAGAAGUCGUACCGCAAGGCAGCGCUGUGUGUGCAUCCAGACAAGGUGCAGCAGAAGGGCGCCACAGUGCAGCAGAAGUACAUUGCUGAGAAGGUCUUCGACCUGCUCAAGAGCCAUUCACACGCAUUUGCGGAAGACUGGCCUGGCGGAGUUGAGCAGCUCUCCCCAACCUCGCUGAGUCAGCCUUCCCCCUCCCCCAACAGCAGCCCAGUCAGCCUCCCCUUUUCCCUUUACCUCGCUGAGUCAGCCCGCCCGUGUGCCGCAUUACCCGCCUCCUCUCUUGUUGCUCCCAUCAGCCCCGCGGGUCAACCGCUCCUGCCUCCUCAGUACGCGCCCUCCGCAAAGUCCGCCAACCGCCCCCUCCACCUACACCAUCUACACAGCAGAGAAGCUCUGUUGUGCUUACAC